AUGUUGCCUUUUGUAUCACGUAAUUUCCGAAGACAUCGAUCAUUAAGUUGCACUUUCCAACUUCUGCUGAAUGAAGCGACUUCCGAAUUGAUCCGUACUCAUUUGCCGUCUGUAGAAGGAGCGACUCGUAUUGCUGUCUCCUCUGAAGAAGCAAUGCCUCGAGAUAAGCUUUCUCCAAAGCCCGUAAAUCAUCAUGACUAUGCGGAAAGUUUGCCGGAUGAUGAUGUGGCACUUUCGGCAAGUAUUGGAUUUGGUGAAAUCCAGGUGGAGCAGAGCUUCUCGAAAUCAAUCCAGGCACCGUUUAAAGCGGAAAGCGUGGCAGCAAUAUCAGCAAUCUCGAAAAUGCUCGGCGAGGAGGAGAAACUACUUGACUCGGGAGGUUCCGAUUUUGUCUUCCUCGUAGAAUCUGCCACGUCAGCAACCGAGCUUUGGCUAGCAGCACCAAAGCUUUUCCUUCGAGCUCCCAUACCCGAACCCGAACUGCUCAAAUUCUUCUCGAACGACUCGACCGAAUUUUUCCUCGAUAAGUUCCUUAAAGCCGUUUUUCUCAGCUCCUUCAACUCAUCGUCGCUUUUUUUGACAGACGAACCCAAACCCGGCUGCAUCGUAAAAAGAGACGAGCCGAAACUACUACUAACAUCACUCGAAUUUACGCUCAAACCAAACGCGGCCCUAAUCCGCUGCGCGACCCUCCAAUCUUCUUUUGAUAGAGUUGGUGGUGGAAGCCUUGGAUUGAGAUUCUCGUGCGAGUAA